UUAUUAUUAUUUUUUCCUCUGCAUGCAGUGUGCAUCUUGUGUCCCGAGAACCUGGCCGAUCCCCCUCGUCUGAUCUGUCCCUUCUGGCUCGGAAGAAGAACAGAAGAGCCAAUACUUUGUGAUUACGGAAGGAUCGUACUUUGAAAAAGGGCUUUUGUCUGCUGAUCGCCCGUCAUGUAUCGUGCUGCCAUCCUGAUCUUGGCUGUCCUCGGCUUAUCGGUGGCGAAUGUGUCCAACUAUGACUAUAAUUUGGAAAUGCCAAUACAUAAAACGAUAACUAUAGAUAUUACUCCAGAAGCCAGCCAACCGGUCACAUCAGAUGUAUUGGUUGCCACAGGAGGCAAAAUGAUCCUGAACUGCUCAGUGAAAGAGCAUGAAAACUCAUCUCUCCAGUGGUCCAACCCCGCUCAGCAGACCUUGUAUUUUGGAGAAAAGAGAGCUCUCAGAGACAACAGAAUCCAGCUGGUCAGGUCCUCACCAAAUCAGCUGUCUAUCAGUAUUAGCAAUGUGGUGUUAGCUGACGAGGGCGAGUACACCUGCUCAAUUUUCACCAUGCCUGUCAGGACAGCCAAAGCAAUGGUGACAGUUAUAGGGGUACCCCAGGAACCCAAGAUUACUGGAUAUGAAAAACCAUUUAAUGAAAAGGAAAAUGCCAUUCUGAGGUGCACAACAAGUGGCAGCAAACCGGCUGCCAACAUUAAAUGGUACAAAGGACCUGAAGAGCUGGAAGGAGCACGAAACUCAGAGACAAAAGAUCCUAAUGGCAAAACCUUCACAGUUGUCAGCAUCAUCAGCUUCCCAGUGACCAGAGAGGAUGACCAGGCAGAGAUCACCUGCACAGUUGGUCAUGAGUCAAUGCCCAACACAUUUAAAUCUUCCACCCAGAUACUUCAAAUCUUAUACCAACCAAUAGCAAAGAUUGAGCCUCGACCCAACAUGCCAAGAGAGGGAGAGAGGCUGCAGCUACAAUGUGAUGCCUUUGGAAACCCUGCACCUGAAAGAUAUAUCUGGGCAAGGAAGAAUGGUGAUCUGCCCAUAACAGUAAUCUCUGACCAUAAUAGCCUUGUGUUCCAGAACCUCAACAAGAGCGACAGUGGCACCUACGUCUGUGAAGUUUCUAAUAUAAUGGGAAUGUUUCUUGCAGAAUACAAACUGGAUGUCAAUGAUCCCAGCCCUUACCCCACCCAUUCAGGCCUUGACCACGCUGUCGUUGGAGGAGUGGUAGCCGUGAUCGCCUUUCUGCUGUUCUGCCUGCUUAUUGUCUUGGCACGCUACUUGAUCAGACACAAAGGCACCUAUCUUACUCAUGAAGCCAAGGGAUCAGAUGAUGCUCCUGAUGCUGACACAGCCAUCAUCAACGCAGAGGGUGGACAAGGCGGAACUGAUGACAAAAAGGAAUAUUUCAUAUAAGCUCAACUCCUUCUCCUUAUAAUGUCACAACGGCAACAAGAUCAACAAAUAGUUAACAACGGAACAGCAAAAACAGCAUCGGAAGAACAAAUUGUUACCAAUGUUUUGGCAAAAUUUGACUUGGAUGACUCUCUUUCUCUAACAGGGCCAAAAACAGGAUGGAGGGGAGAGAAAGGGACAGUCGACUGAGAGAUCGUGCUUCUUAAACAAACUUGUACAAAAGUUAUUACUAAAAACUCUUUAAAAGGUUAAAAAAUUGCUUGCUUAAAUCUACAUAUCUUCAGUGAACGCACUAUUCUAACAAACAAAUAAUAUUCGUGAGUUAAAAUAUUUUUCGUUUAUUUUCAUUUACGAUGUGUACAAAGUUUUAUGUUUUUAUUUUUUACUUUGGAAUGUUGGGGGGUGGGGCGAGGGUGGGACAGUGGGAGAAAGCAUAUUUAAAUAUAUUUAGUGUUUUUGUUCUUUGUUUAUUUUUCAGGGUAAUUUAAACAGGUAGGAUAGGCAUUUUCUAGAGAAGAGUGUUAUACGUCAGGAAUACUUGAAGAGCAAUUUCUAAGGUGCCACAAUUAAAGCUUCCAUUUAAAGACCUGUAUAGCUACGGCUCUCAUGAUCCCUUUUUGCAGUCGGUGGCGGCUUUUAGCUCUGACUUUGAAAAAGUUAUAUGAACGUGCUGGCACUUGAAGAGUGAGACGUUAAGUGAAACGCUGGAUUACGGGAAGUUAUGUUCAGGAACAUAGGUGUAGUUCCCAGUAAAGUCCCCCGCUCCCAUCUUGGUUGGGGGAGGAGUUACGUGUCCCUAACCGAGUUUGCUUAUGCUAAUCAGGGUCUCGGUUUCGCACAGAAAAAAGGCACAGUGUUAUUUGUUUAGUGUCAUAAAUGUUUUGCUAUGUUUACAUUUUUUUGUCAUUAGCCCAAUCCAAAAACAGGUCUUAAUGGAACAUUUUUUUGUAUGGUAAGGUAAAUGACUGGCCAUUCAAAUUGUUCCAUACUGGAAAGCAAUGGCAAAUGAGCUACUAUCAUUUGGGCUGUUUGAGUUCAUGGAAUAUUCUGAUUGGCCAGUCAAAAAAAAUAAUUUCCACGAGAGAAGUGGUACCUUCCGCCAUAUUUGCCACAUGAAUGCCUCAUGAGGUCAUUUGUUGUUUUAGCAGUGUGGACUCCAUUUUUCACAGAACUGACUGCAUUAUUCAUCUGGAAGAGUUACUGAUAUUAACCAAUAAAUCUCUGUAUUAUGUCAUACUCUGUAUGUACCAGGCUUGGCAUAAAUUACUAUUAUUAUUUUAAUUGUUGUUUUCCUGCUAUGUCAAUGUUGCAAUGUCCAUCCUUUUUAUACCGUUGCUUCAUUUGCAAAGAUCUUUAUUUAAUAACAUGGCACAGAGGGCAGUGAUGUGCAGUAAUUAAUAGUAACUGAUUCCAGCUCUUAGCAGUAUAGCACAGUCAGACUAAUGAAAGUUGAAUUCUGAUUGGUUGCUGUGAAUACUGCACUUUGCACAUUGCUCUUUGCCAUAGUAAAUAAAGGCUUAUUUACAUCGGA